UGGCAAAAGGGGCGGCGGCGGCGGUGAGAAAGAGCUUGCCGAGGGGCGAGCGGGACAGGACGAAGCCGGAGCGGAGGGGGCAGAGGAUUCGCUCCUGGAGCGGCUGCGACCAGGCUGCAAAGAGGCUAGGACGGCUGGAUCCGUCGCUGAGGUAUAUGAGUGACCCAAAGCUGCAAAUAAAGACGGGGAGAGAGCAGUGCCAACUUGGAGCAGGGCAAGGAUGCCAAUUCCUCCUCCCCCUCCACCCCCACCUGGUCCUCCUCCACCUCCCACUUUUAAUCAGGCCAACACAGAGCCGCCCAAGCUGAGUAGAGAUGAGCAGCGAGGUCGAGGUGCCCUCUUACAGGACAUAUGCAAAGGGACCAAGCUGAAGAAGGUGACCAACGUUAAUGACCGGAGUGCUCCCAUCCUGGAGAAGCCCAAAGGGAGCAGUGGGGGUUAUGGCUGUGGAGCAGCUGCCUUGCAGCCCAAAGGAGGACUUUUCCAAGGAGGAGUGCCCAAGCUCAGACCUGUGGGAGCCAAGGAUGCUUCAGAGAAUCCAGCUGGUAAGCCAGCUCUACAAGUCCCCAGUUCUCGAGCUGCCGCCCCCAGGCCUCCAGUGUCUACAGCCAGCGGGCGUCCUCAGGAUGAUACAGACAGCAGUCGAGCCUCACUCCCAGAACUGCCGCGGAUGCAGAGACCCUCUUUGCCAGACCUCUCUCGGCCUAAUACCACCAGCAGUACUGGCAUGAAGCACAGCUCCUCUGCCCCACCUCCGCCCCCCCCAGGGCGGCGUGCCAAUGCACCCCCUACACCUCUGCCUAUGCACAGCAACAAAGCCCCAGCCUACAACAGAGAGAAACCCUUGCCGCCAACACCUGGACAGAGGCUUCAUCCUGGCCGAGAAGGACCUCCUGCUCCUCCCCCAGUCAAACCACCUCCUUCCCCUGUGAAUAUCAGAACGGGACCAAGUAGCCAGUCUCUGGCUCCUCCUCCACCGCCUUACCGCCAGCCUCCUGGGGUCCCCAAUGGACCCUCCAGUCCCACUAAUGAGUCAGCCCCUGAGCUUCCACAGAGACACAAUUCUUUGCAUAGGAAGACACCAGGGCCUGUCAGAGGCCUGGCACCUCCUCCACCCACCUCAGCCUCUCCCUCUUUACUGAGUAAUAGGCCACCUCCCCCAGCGCGAGACCCUCCCAGUCGGGGAGCAGCUCCUCCACCCCCACCACCCAUGAUCCGAAAUGGUGCCAGGGAUGCUCCGCCUCCCCCCCCACCAUACCGAAUGCAUGGGUCAGAGCCCCUGAGCCGAGGAAAGCCCCCACCUCCGCCUUCAAGGACACCAGCUGGGCCACCCCCUCCUCCACCACCUCUAAGGAAUGGCCACAGAGAUUCCAUCACCACUGUCCGGUCUUUCUUGGAUGAUUUUGAAUCAAAGUAUUCCUUCCAUCCAGUAGAGGAUUUUCCUGCUCCAGAAGAAUAUAAACACUUUCAGAGAAUAUACCCCAGCAAAACAAAUCGAGCUGCCCGUGGAGCCCCACCUCUGCCACCCAUUCUCAGGUGAAGCCUGGCUUGCUCCUGUUCUCAGGAAAAGGAUGGACCCUCUCUACUUCUCAGAUGGUCCCUUCCAUUCCCCUGAAUCCUGCAUGAGAGCUCCUAACUUGUUUCUCCAGUGCAACCAACCCCUAGACUCGAAGCGUCCUCCCAGCUCACCUCCAUCUAUGCAUCUCGUCUCUGGAUUUGGCGAUCGGACUCUUUGUAUUGCAGUAGGGUCUCAAACCCUGCAUCCGUCCUCUAGUAAGCCUUGCUAGCCAAAUGAGGAAGAAGUUUCUGUGUCUCCUGCUCUCCUCCUGGGGAAAGGUGCCUUGCUAUGAUAAGUUAACUUGUUGGGGCAGGGUGAGGAAUGAUAGCCCUACCUCCUCCUCCCAACUGUGGGGGAGCUUCGCAGGUGUACAAUAUUUCAUCAUUUAGGAGGCUGGCAUGGCAAGGACUUCUGGGGAAGAGGGACAUUAUUAGUGAAACAGGAAAGGAGUUUUCAGAGAAGUGAUCUGUUUUAAAGGUCAGGUUUGGAGAAUGGGCAAGGAAAUGGGUUUGCUUUAUUUUUAGGGGUAUUUUGUUUUUUUUUCUCACUUUUCCUCCCCACUGCCCAGGGAUAAGUUGGAUAUAAAGACUAAAUACUAAUCAGUUAAACUAAACAUUCAAUAAAAAGAAAGGGUAAAGUAAACUGAGGAUCAUUUUAGAGCUAGUCGGUUCCUCUGCAGCAAAGGGACCAGGAGCCAUUUGAGCCUUCUGAGACUCUCUGCCCCAUUUCCUCAGGGUGCUAGACUGAGGCAUAUUCGUCCUCCCUUCUGCCACCCAUUCCCUCAAGAAAAAAAAUCACUUCUAGUUGGGAAAGUCAUUCAUUAACAAAUUCCAAAAACCUCUGUUGAGAGAUCAAAAGAUAAGGCCUGAGCCUGAACCUUGGCCUUAACCUCAACUGUGAGUCUUGUCUCAGUUGUUUCUGACUGUCCAUAAAGUGGUCAGUGGGCCUUGGAGUCCUUUAGCUCCUGGAGGCUGCCUGCAGAUGACAGAAAAGGUAAGAGUGAAGCACUUCAUGGAAGGGACAGACAGGGGAGAGGGGGCUACAGAGGAUUUUAUGGUCUGCUCAUACUGAAACUCAGAGCCUGUCUGACUGAGCAGGCUCUUCCUGUUCCUUUCUCCACCACCCUUGCCUUCCCAAGGCAGUAGGGGUUAACACAGCAGGGUAGAGAAGGGUAAGGAAGUGAGUAGAAGCUUACAGGGAUAUUCAAAGAUUCCUCUAUGCCAAGAAACACAUCAGUGAGGUGUGCCUCAGUUCAGUAGGUCUUCCUUGGCAGCCAGCAGUAUGUCUUUUUUCUUUUUUGUCUUCCAGGUGCUGCUUUAUUAAAAAGCACAGAGAAAGUGGAGGUUCUAACUGAGGUUGGACAGUGAGACAGGGACUUUGUUUUCUGCAACAGCAGGCUGGGGUUCCUGGACUGCACACAUAAGAUGCCACCUGCAGAGGCUGCUCAGAGCUUGCCAUGAGAGCCAGCAGACCAUGGCUAUUUAAAAAGGAUGGGGAAAAUUAGUUUAAAAUUUCACCAGACACAUCAUAGGCAUAAAUUGCCUUGGGGACCUUUCUGAUCUGUUGGAUCACAGGCUAAGGAUUGUCUCAGGUGAAACCCAAGUUUUCCUAGUACUAGUGAGGGGCCCAACUUGGUUUAUUUGUGUGGGGUCUGCUAUCCUUAGCCAUCCCUUGGACCACAUUGAUUCUGGCACCAACAAUGAUUAGGUCUGUCACCAAACAUUUUCUAAUCGUUCUUUUCAUAUCCAUUAGCAGUUACCUCUCAGAAGUAUCCCCAGCAUUCCUGAAGUGAAUAGAGCUGAGAGGGGGGAUGCUGGUGGAGGGAAAAGUAGAGAGUUCCAGGGCUGACGCUCAGCAGAGUUCCAGGGUACAUGCUGACACGUUACUGAACUUUGACUGUGAAGUCUUCCCAUUUAUUUUUGAAAUGGGAGUUGAUGCCUUUUGUACAAUGUUAUCAAAGUGUCUUUUUCUUUAUUUCAAACAUGGAGCGUCAAAAUAAGUAUCACAAGUAAGGCCAAACCCCAGCUGUUCUUUGGGGCUGCUACCUUCCUCCCCAUGACCUGCUGCCCCUCACACUCCCAGCAGUUGGACUGUCACCUGGGUGUUGAUUGUAUUUCACUCUAGGCCUCAUGAGAAAAGGCCUAUGUCUAGAUCCUGUCCAUGGGUUUUCUGUUUCAGAGCAUGUUUGAUGACAGCAUCUGUUUAAAUGUCUUUGCCUUAUACAUUAUUUGGUCCACUGUUAAUAAUAGAUGUAUUAUCAUGUAUAUUUACUAUUGAAGAUGGGAAUGUGAUCCUCAUAGUUACUGGUUUAUUUUGUAUGUUGUAAAAAGAAGCUUGUAAUACAGGUUUAAGGUGGGCUGUCUACAAGAGCACUAAAACUUCUCACCUUUUAAACUGCUCUCUUUAUCUGCUUGUGGGAAUGUUGUCUCUUCAGUGGAAGGUUGGGUGGUCUCAUGUUGAGGCUGUUCCCCAGUCCUGUUAACUCCCUGUCCCCUCUCAGAAGGAAGAGACAUUGCCCACUGAAGCAUUAGGAAGCUGUAUUAACAGCCCCUGUGUGGGUUUGAUUUUAUAAUGUUUUUCCCUAGUGGAAAAAACUCAGUAGUUGUUUCUUACUGCCUUGUCUGGGAAACAGGGCAGUGGCCUCCAGGUUUUAAAUAAGGUAGGUACCCUUCUUCCCCCUCUUCUCUGGUCACCAAACCUGGACCAAAGCACUUUGAUAUUCCAGGUGUGGUUUGCUCUGUGGUGGGGAUUUGCUUCGGCUGUACUGCGCCCAUUAUUUCCACAGCCUAGACCAGCAAAGAAAGAGCCUGGAGCUACCCUGCCAAUGAGGCUGCUGUCUCCAGGAAUUCAUCCCAGCCCUCCUAACUGGCAAAGGCAAGGAGACUAGUCACUGGCCUUCGCACUGGGGGAAUCCCCUAACCCUGCAGCUUUCCCACUUGAAACCCAGAUUUACCUCCCGGGGAGGGGCGAGGAAAAAUUGUAAAUAGACUUACUACAGAGCAACUCAGGGUUGGGGUGUGUUUUAAUUCUCCUGAUCACUUGAAAUAAUCUGUAGGCCGAGUGCUUAUGGGAGUGGGGGAGAAGCGUGACUCCAGGGUCCUUCCCUCUGCAAAGCUCUAGGGGUGGCGUGUGGGGCAUCUGAUGCCCUUUAAUGGCACUACAUUGAGCUGCUUGUCCUUCUGCUUACCUGACCUGCAUCAACUGCAAAUCAGAUUCUCCACAUUCCAGUUGCAGUCUUCCUUUCCCUGUUGAAUCUCGGUGUCUGCCCGUGUGGUUGAGGUGGCCCUCUAUGAAGCCAGCCUGAUUUAGAGGUGGGAAGGGAGAAAGGAGGGCCAUUACAACUCUGCCUUCAAGAUUCAAUGAAAUCAAACUACAACCACCUUCAAAACCACACACCAAAAGGAAAAAAAAAAUUGUUUAACUGAAGGAAGGGUUUGAUUCCAUUCAACUCCACGUUCAUUGUGCCUUUACUUGUGUUAGAUUUUUGUGCUUUCUUCCUCUCCCUCUUUGAAGUAAUUAAAAUCUUCCUUGAUAACUGCUGUUUUCAUCUUUCUACUCUUGUUUUUGAUAACCUAGUGGGGUCCUUUUCUAAUUGUCUCAAACCUCAUUCCACCGGCAGCACAGGGGCCUCACCUUCUUUUCUCAUGUCUAACCUUUAUCCUUUCCCAGUGACCAGCAUGUUAAGUCACAGUCAACACUGAAUAAAAGACUAGCAUGAUGUGCGGGCAGGUGUGUGUGUGUGCGUGUGUGUGUCCAUCCGUCUGCAUGUGAAUCAAUUUCCUUUAAAAGAUAAUUUAUUGUAUGAUUUAUUUUGGAGUUAUAUUUUGAUUACAGUGUUCUUCCCAAAUGGCAUUGAUACUACACCCCUUCCCCAAUGUAAUCUGGUUUCAGGUUGGAGUCCUUGGUACAUUUCUUUCUCUGAAUGCCGUGCAGUUUAAUUAAACCACAAAAACAAAAAUAGACGUGAAAACUGUGUCCUCUUGUCUGGAAUACUGCUUCCAGUGGUGCUCAUAGACAGAGGGAAAGAUCUGUUGCUCAUGUUCUCAGUGAGUGCAGUGGCUUGAGUCCAGGGCCUCUGAGGUAGUAGAUGCAUUGACCUGGUCAGAGGCAGUAGCUGCAGCUUCCCCAGGUUUUUUCCUUCCCUUCUGCUAUUCUGAAAAUAUCACAGUUGAGUUAGCCAUGCUGACCAGGAGACUCUGACAGUCAUUAUUCUGUACUUUCCACCUCACUCCCUUUUGUGAUUUUAGGGAAUCCAGGAGGCCUCAUGGCCUUGUGUCCUUUUCCUUAUAUUCCUUAUGAUCCUUUCCACCUGUGUUGCAUGGCAAGUUCUCAAAUUGAGGAGAGGAAGAAAAGGUAGGGGCAGGGCACACAGACUCAUGUGUAUCUGUUUUCAUAUGGGUGUUGGCCAGGUUUUUUUUUUUUUUUUUUUUUUUAACUUUUUUAAGCUGGCAUCUUAGCUGGUUUUCAUGAACUUUGACUUUACGUGUAAAAAUUCAACCAUUCUCUGCUUACCGUAGCCAGCUGAUGUAAUAACCACUAAGGCUUAAUGAGCUUAACUUGUACUUUCAUAACUAGCAAAGGUCUUGAAAUUAUUUCCCAUACUGAUUCAUAAUGGGUGUGUGUAUGAAUCAUUCACAUAAUUUAGAUAUAAAAACCUAGGAGGGUGAGGGAGGGUUAAAAAAAAGGGCUCCUUUUAUUUUCAUCCGUGCUUACCAGAUUGGCUGAAUUCUUCAUUUUUUGACCCACCAUUGUUAUUAAUAUGAUUAAUAAACUAUUUAUUGAUUUAAUUGUU